AUGCGCUUGUGCUUGAACGAGACGACUGCGACGACGCCGGCGAUCCUCGCUGCGCUCCAAGCCGCGGGCCUCCAUGAGAUCAACCUCGACGACUACGACCGCGUCGUCCUCGGGCGCGAGAUGUUCCUCAACGCGCUCGCCGGCAUCGCGCCCCACCCAAGCAUCGACCUCUCGUACAUCAGCCGCGCCCACUGCGCGCUGGAGCGCGCUGGCCACAUGACACGCCUUGUGACAGACCUGAGCUACAAUGGCACGCGUCUCAAUGGCAUUCGCCUCGAGCACGCAAUCCCGUACCGACUCCAGCACGGACAGCUCCUCGAGGUCUUGCCGUGGAAGCUAGGGUACAUUGUGGACGACGACGAGACCGACUCGGAGUUCAUCGCGAUGCCCGAGCUCGCGGACGAGACGACCGUCGUCCUCGACUGA